UAUAGUACCAAGUUUUUGUUUGAUUAAAAUGAAGUUGGAUUAUUUGGGUUGACAGCUAGCUAGAAUGGUGAGAAAAUGUUCAAAUUGUGGAAGGGCAGGCCACAACUCAAGGACUUGCAACAAUAGUAGCAUCAAUCAUCAUCAUGAAAGCAAAAGUUCAACAAGUUGUAGCCAUACUAUCUCUAUUAAGCUCUUUGGGGUCAAACUUGGAAUAUCACAAUCUUCUUCUUCGCCAACAAAUAUUCUUUCGUCUUCUUCAUCUCCACUGCCACCGGCCUCUCUUGCUGCCAUUAGAAAGAGCUUUAGUUUCGAGUGCCUAAGCUCCCCUACAAUCACCAACUCCUUGCCCGCCAAUCGAGGAGGCACCGGCCACAGUGGCUAUCUCUCCGAUGGCCUCACCACAAGGAACCAUCACAACAAAAAGGGAUUAGCAUGGAGUGAGGAGGAGCAUAGGGUGUUUGUAGUUGGUUUGGAGAAGCUUGGGAAAGGGGAUUGGAAAGGCAUUUCUAAACAGUUUGUGACCACAAGAACACCUGCGCAGGUUGCCAGUCAUGCUCAGAAAUAUUUUCUUCGCUUAAACAACUUACGUACCAAGAACACACGACCUGCCCUCUUUGACGUUGUGCUGCCGCCACAAAAUCCGGUAGCCACAGAUGAAUCUACAAUUUGUAAUGGGAAUUUGAAGAAGUCAAAAUCCUCCAUCAUAAAUUUGAGGUGUUCAAAGUCUAGUGAGUGUUCAAUGCCUGCAGUCAUAUCAUCACCAGUUGAUCAAUCCCAACUUAUUACAACUCCCCCUUCAAUAACUCCAACCACCCAAAAUAUCAAUAAUGGAGUUUACACUUCAUCGCCAUUGCCGGCGGCGGAUCUCGAGCUUACUCUUGCCAUUACACCGCCCCGGAAUCAAAAUAAAUCACCAGCUUCUGCCUGUCAUGUUGGAGGAACUAUUGCAGUUGUGUGAGGCUUUAAUUUAAUAUGAAAAUCCAAAUGAAUAAUAAAACAUUCUUUAAUUUGGUCCCUAUAUAUGUUUAUCCUAGUUGAUAGCUAGUUUCAUCUUUUAUUUUCUAAGGGAAUGGUAAAAUAGAUUAUUGAACUUUACAUGAUAAAGCAAUUAUAUUACAUCCCUAGUUAAAA